CGACAAUCGCGAUUCUUUGUUCCUCGAUUUCUACUCCGCACUUUGCGCGCUGAAAAUCCUCCCCAUGUUCAAACGACUCGCUGGUUGAGUGCGACGACCGUUGCAUCAUCAACACAAGCACAGAUGACUUCCAUCUUUGGCCAACCGACGCGGAGCCAGCCUCCAGCGUUCAAUCCUUUCGCGACAAACUCGGCGGCCGGGGACAGUUCAUUUGGUAUUGAUGAUGCAGGCGACUCGAACCGGUCCAAGCGAAACAAGCGAUCCUCGCGACCUGCCGACAAGAGCGACAACGAGGGCAAGCGAAAAUCGAACAAAGACGCCAACAUGAGCGACAGCGGGAAGCAGAAGAAGUGGAAGGGGGAGGAGCGGAAGAGGAAGAACGGCGACGUAAAGAAGGCCUUUGAAGGCGUCAAACCCCUCAAGAAGGCGCCCAAGGACGCGCAGGCCAACGGAUUCAAUCCCUUCACGUCGACGCGUGAUAACGAAUCGCGACCAACGUCGUCCUCGAGUGCCGAAUCGCAAACUGACGGAAUCCCGAAAGCGUACCACUCGAACGAUCCGCAGGCUAGAAAGGUUUACGAGCAGCUUCGAAAAGAUAAUAUCUUUCCUCCGCCGUGGCCGUCGCAGCCCGGGAACCCCAAGAACAAGGCCGAGGUUUCCAAGUUUCGCGAAAAGUACGAAGCCUACCGCAGCAAGGCGCGCGCGUCGUUGACAAAGGCCGGCCUGAUCGACGAUCCCGACAAGCGAAAGACUCUUCAAGAUGCCAUUGACUUCAAGGGUAUCUGCGAGGACAUGUGCCCCGAGUACGAAAAGAUCCAGCGCAUCAACGAAAUGGACGUCCAUCAACCUGAAAAGAACCCCAAGACGACAUUCCCCAACACCCGUCACAUGGUCAAGAAGCUCGCGCGCUCAGCUGCCGGCCAGGAAGCCCCUCUUCCCAUGGACGUGCGAUCUGUGCCGGCUCUCCGGAGGACGUUGGACUACCUAAUUGACGAGCUGUUGCGAAACGACGACAACCUGCCAAGCUUGCACGGCUUUCUCUGGGAUCGUACACGAGCAAUUCGCCGAGACUUUACCUUUUUCUCAUCGCUCAAUCCUGAAGAGAUGAAAACACAGGUCUACGUACUCGAGAACAUUGCGCGAUUCCACGUCACAGCACUCCACCUCCUCUCCCAGGAAGGCAAUGCACCAGAAGACUUUGUCGAGCAGCAGGAACUUGAGCAACUUGGAAAGGCUCUUCUUUCCCUCCGCGACGCAUAUGACGACUGUAACGACCAGGGCAUCCGGUGCGAGAACGAACCCGAGUUCCGAGCUUACUACCUUAUCUUCCAUGCCUUUGAUUCGAACAUUAUUGAGACGCUACAGCGACAAUGGAAGCCGAACCUGUGGAAAGACUCUGACGCGGUUCGAACGGCGGCCUCACUCGUCGAGGCUCUUCAAAACACCCAAGACUUUCACGGACCGAUCAAGGACGCACCUUCAAUGGCCGCCUCUGCAGCAUACCAUUCGUAUUUCCGGAUAGUCGAAGACCCAAAGGUUUCAUACACCAUGGCUUGUUUCGCAGAGAUCCAUUUCCCCCCGCUUCGUCGCUCCAUCUUGACGACAAUCAAGAAAUCGCUAGCCCGGCCUCGAGAGACAGCCAAGGACGUCACAGCCGCCGUCCUCAACAAGUUCCUUCGGUUCGACACUAUAGACGAAGCAAUUGACUUUGCAGAGCUUCACGAGUUCGAGUUUGGGAAAUGUGAAGACGACCCGUCGGAUAUCACCCGCCAGUAUCUCAAACUGGACAACCGCAAACGUCUCCCUCACCACCGUUAUCAACACCAGUUCUCUGAGACUUUGGUAGAGAAGAAGCGCGGCUCCAGGCCUCUACCAGACCUUAUUCAUCAGACAAUACACGAAGACCCUAAUGCCCCGAAGCCAACGACUAAUGGAGAUGGCGAGGGGAGUCUCUUUGUCACGGAUGAACUGGAGCCAGCGGCACAGGCACAGCCUGUUGAACCAUCAAAACCUAACAGUACGACAACAAACCCCUUCUCCUCUUUCAAGCCGAAUGGAGUUUUGGGUAGCAACAAUGCUGUUAACGGCAACUCAGGGACUUUACUCAACGGGACCUCUCCAGCCUCUACCUCUACAUCCCCCUUUCAGCAGUCAACGCCUCAGCAGAACCCCUUCGCUCCGACACCAGCACAAGCAGCAGAGCCUGCGAAGCCAGCUGUCAACCCAUUUGCAACAGCUACUACCUCGACUCUGCCGUCAUUCUUAAUCAGCACCCCUGGCAGUACAACACCCAGCUCCCAGGAGCCAGCAGCUGCUACAACAACAGCUACGGCUACGUCAAAUCCGUUUGCCCCGUCUACUACACCAUCGGCUUCGACUGGUCCCGCCCAGAGCAGCCCAUUUGCCUGGCCGCCUACGUCUGAAUCCCAAACACCUAAAGCUCCUAGCUUUCCCUCUUUCACACCCCAACCUACUGUACCAUCAAAUGACGCUCCAACACCUCCGAGCAAGGUGGACAAGCCUGCGAGCCUGGUGCCUCAAGCUCCAGCAACUCCUGCAGUUGAACCAGCAAAGACGAUCGAUAACAAUGCAGUUCCUCCAUCAUCUGGACCAACCGUUGACGCUUUUCGGCAUCUGAAGCCUACUCCACCUCCGUUGGGCAGCGUGGCUAAACCGAUCAGUGGACUUGGCAUUGGAACACCACUGCCCUCAGCCGACAAGCAGGACAAGCCAGCACCAAGUGUUCUCAGCUCCAGUCCGGCUGUUACAUCAACGCCUCAACUGUCGUUUCCUGCCUUUUCGACCCCAUCCUAUCAGCCUUCACCACUAGGCAUCAUCCCUCCUCAGCCUGCUACUACUUCGCCUCCCAAACCAACAAUCCAGACACCACAACCGCCAACUCUUCCGCCAGCCCCUCCAGCUCCACCACAACCGCCUCGUGAUCUCAUCGGAGACUUCACGAAGUGGUACGUGCUUGGCGAUGAAGGCAUGCUUGGAGAUUUCCAAGCCUUUAUGCUGGACAACAUCCUGCAGGGCGUAUACCGGAAGUUUGUUAAGGACAAAGAAAGGAAACGACAAAAGGAAGAAGAGGAACAGGCGCUUGCCAAGGCAACCGAGUUCCGCAGAUACACCCUUUCAGUCAGAUACUUCUACCGCUGGAGGGACACGGCACGCGAACUACGACUCAGUCAACUUCGUCGCAGCGGCCGAGAGCAAAUGAGAGUGUACUACGAAGCUCAGCGAGCAGCACAACUCAAGGCUCAAAAGGCUGAGGCUCGACGAGCAGCGCGAGAAAAGGCUGAACUUGCAGAGUUGAACCGGCACCGCCCUGAAGAGCUGAUGGAUCUUCUCAAGCACAAGAAGCCAGGCAAACGUCGACAGUCGGAGGAGGAUGCUCUCCUCGCUAGCGGUGUUUUGUCAGGGGUUGGCAACGAGCGAGAGGCCAUUGCGCAGAUUGUAAAUGGACCACCAUCUAUGAACGGCACAGUGUCUAGUCAACAGUCGAAGCUGUCCAGGGCAUCUACCACUAAGGGCGGAUCCAAGACGCGAGCUCUACGAGAGCAGCUCCUUGGUGAUAGGUCCUCCAGCUUCCGACGCUCGCUACCUCCGUCGAUGUCAGGGAACGGAUCAAGCCCCGAGCCUAGCAGCCGUGUCAGCAAGGUAUCAGAACGCUGGCGCCUCAAGGCCAUGGGCAUUGUCCAGAUGCCAGACGGCACAGCCAUGCCAGAGUCACUAGCAAACGAGAUUCAGUAUGGCAAGAAGAGACACUCAGGAACUGGUACCAUGGGGCCACCUAGCAGCAGCUUCAUCCGCCGAGCCUCGGUGAGCGACCUCGCCCGUUCCGAAGGGGGACAUCGCCUAUCCAGUUCACACGGGGCUAUCGACACGACCGAGUUUGACGGCACAGCCGCUAAUAACAAACGGAAGCGUGCCGCAGAGGACGAUGACGACACACCUCAGCAAGGGGCUUCCAACACGCACAAGCGCGUCAUGAGCGACGCGCAGAAGCUGAUCAGCGAACUUCGCGCUAUGAGGGCGGAGAUGGAAGAAGGGGCUUCCUGGUUCCACGGUCAAAACGAGAGAUUACAGAGCGAGAUGAUUAGCCGCGGCUCGACGCCGUGGGAUCAAGGUUCAUGA